UUUGGUGACGUACCACCGACGGCAAGCUACAUUCGACGAUUUCAAUAAAGCAACUAUCGUGUAUUACAGCAAGAAAUUGGACCAGCUUCUUCAAGGCUCUGAUGAAGAUUUACUGUACACACUGGUACGACAGAUCGAUUCAGAACGACUUAAAUUUCAAAACAGUCUCAAUCACCUGCAUGAACUUGUUUAGGAGUAUUAUUAUUUCGCACCCAGCUGUAUCCUCCAAAAUCACCGCUCAGCUCUUGGGGGCUGUUUCCAAAGAACGUGCUGGUUUUACAGUUGACAAGGAUCUCAUGGUUUUCAUCACAAUCAUCUUGAGGGACUUUGGCGUAUACCGGGGGAUUUUUGAGGAGCAACUCUUGAUUGAUGAGGCUAUUUUCAAAAAGAGAGCAGUUUUAUCAGCCAGGACAAUAUGGAAGUCCGCACCUACUUGUGGCAUGUGCAGAAGCUAAUUCGAGCGGAAGAAACUCGCUCAACAAUGGCUCUAAGCGCCUGAUGGUAAUGCUCUGCAGGAGUUGAAGCUACUUUAUCAAUUAUUCGGCAAAGUGCAAGGAGCGAUUAAAUGUCUGACUGAAGAAUUUGAAAAAUACAUCCAAAAGCUAUGCUUGACCAUUGUUGGCAAAUCUAGUGAGAAAUUCUUGAUUCAGGACUUAAUCGAUCUAAAGAAUAAGCUGGAUGAAAUAGUACUUCAGUGCUUCCAAGCCAAUCCCACUUUCAACGACUUGAUCAAGAACACCUUCCAUAAAACGAUUAAUACGGAAAGUGGCCAAUCUGCCUUAUAUCUCGCUAGGUAUUUUGAUGGAAAAUUAAGAGCGAAGAAUAUCACUGAGGAGAAUUUGGAGGCCACGUUCAACAAAGGCAUGAUUAUGUUCAGAUUUCUUCAAAGCAAAGACAUCUUCGAAGCUUUCUACAGAAAAUGCCUAUCGAAAAGAUUACUAUUUGGUAGAUCGACCAACCAGGACAUUGAACACAGCAUAGUUCUGAAAAUGAAGAGGAAUGCGGUGAAGGUUUUACAUCGAAAAUCGAAGGAAUGCUGCGCGAUAUGAAUCUCAGCAGAGAUUAACAGUAACUUCAAAGAGUUUCUAUCAAACACCCAGCACAACUUGUUGGACAAAUGCGACAUUUCAGUACUCACCAGUAGUUUCUGGACCAAGAUGACUUCAAAUUCCUGCAUUAUUUUGCCUGAUGAUCUAUUGACCUAUCAGGCGAUUUUCGCUAAAUACUACACGUCCAUCCACAGUGGGAGAAAGUUGGAUUGGCAACCUCAUUUGGGGCAUUGCAUUCUAAGGGCCACUUUUGGAAGUGCUGUUAAGGAGCUGGUGGUUUCCUUCUUUCAAGCCAUCACUUUGCUGUUGUUCCAAGAGAGCAGUCGACUGACCACAGCAGAAAUCGAGGAACUCUCCAAAAUGGACAGGAAAGACCUGCUGAUGACGUUGCAUUCACUUUCCUGCGGAAAAUACCAAAUCCUUGUCAAACAUCCUCCAAAUGGUUCGGUUACAAUGGAAGACUUGUUCGAACUCAACAGGGAGUUCAAGGAAAAGCUGUUUAGGAUAAAAAUCAACCAGGCACAACUUAAGGAAUCAGUAGAUGAGGUGAAAUGCACUGAAAGGCGAGUUUUGGCGGACAGACAAUUUCAAAUAGAUGCAGCCAUAGUGCGGAUACUGAAAAGCAGGAAAGUAAUCACUCACAAUGAACUUGUGAGCGAGUUGUUUAUGCUGUUGCAUGUACCGAUGUGUCCUCAGAAUCUGUCUAAUUGGGUUGCUGAUUGAAAAGGAGUAUAUUAAAAGUGACUGUAAUAAUGCCGCUACUUACACGUAUGUCGCAUAAGCCAGGAAAAUGUUUUGUUCAAUAAAACCCAACUCAAGUUAAA